AUGAAUGCACAAGCAGAGCUGCUACGUGAAGCACGUCAGCGGCUGGAGGCUGCAAUCGCUUUUGGGAAGCCGGACGAUGCCUUGGAACCCCUCGUCUACCAAUUGAAUCACGCCAACGAUGUCUACAAAACGGCGGCGAAACACGUAAAGCUUCAUGCCGCUGCUCCCAAGACCCCGAAGGCUAAAGGUGCCGCCAAAUCUGAGUCUGAGGCUGCAGGUGCCAAAGGCAACAAGAAGUAA